GAUAAAAAUUUUAGCUAAGGGGCCAAUGAUGCUUGCACGGAAGUAUAGUAGCUACAGCAUAAAUGGAUUUGAUUUCCACACAGAACAAUAUGACGAGAGUAGAUCUAUUCAAAAUAGUGGGGUUGCUCUAGUUGCAGAGUCAACGAGUUUUGAAAGGGGCAAUGAUGAUAACAUCAUAAUAGGAAACAAGACCUAUUAUGGUAUUAUAAAGGAAAUUAUUGAACUGAACUAUCACCAUCAAGGGAAUGUGGUGCUGUUCAAGUGUGCUUGGGUUGAUAACCGGGUGCAGAACAAAUGGGUAAAAACUGAUCAAUUUGGAGUCACAACAGUCAAUUUUAGGCAUUUGUUCAAUACUGGUGAAAAGAUAUCAGAUGAACCUUUCAUUCUAGUAUCACAGGCAGUUCAAGUGUUCUAUGUUCCUGAUCCAAUUGAUAUGGAGUGGGUUGCUGUCCUUCAAUCAAAACCAAGAGACAUUUAUGACAUGGAUAAUUUGGACAGUGAGCACCUAGAUAAUGGAAGUGGAAUAGUUAUGCCAUUGUCUGAUCUCAAUGCCAAUGUGACCGUUGAUAUUGUUAAUGGGGUUGUCCCUAGUGUUAGAAAUGAUAUAGAUGGUAUAAUUGUUGAUCCAAAGAAGUCUAAAAAAAAUCUAGAAAGAGAAAAAAUGUCAAGAGAAAAAGGAAACAAUAAGCAAUCCACCCUCAGCGAGUAUGAGCAGCGGCGGCUUGCAAACAUUGAAGAAAACAAAAGGAAGCUGGAUGCUCUUUCUGUCCCUAAGAUGAACACAUUGGUGCAGCACAAUCAGCCUAAGAAAAGAACAAAGGUUAGUAUGAAAUUUUCUGUUACAAUAAACCCAUCAGCCAAGUGGUGCAGCAACUGA